UCAGGUUAGAUCGCCCCGCUUGUCAACAUGUCUCGUGGUCUCGACUUCUUCAUUUUGUUUGAGCUGUUUUUGGUGUUUUUAUCAGAAGGUACUCUCUAUGGUCAUUAUGAUGCUCGUUGCCAAUCUAGUUCCCAUGACGGGCAGGACGCCGUGCUUUUGGAGCAGUUCUACAUCAACAAGAAGUUGGAAGCUCAGUACAACAGUACUUUAGGGAAAAUUGUUGGAUACACAAAGAAAGCUAAAGAACUGGCUGAUCUGCUUAACAAAUCGCCCAAUUAUCUACAUCAUCAAAUAUGGAAAGCUAAUCUUUGCAAAAAAAACACCCCCCUAGCAUACGAAGGCCUACUGACACCAGUGGAGCCCUAUGUGUGGCUAAGGACUGCCCAAGCAGGGAGCAGCAAACAUCCACUCAUACUCAUUUGCAGCGCCUAUGACUUUUACCCCAAAAUGAUCAGGGUUUCAUGGUUGAGAGAUGGAGAAGAGGUGAAAACGUACGUGACAUCCACAGAAGAGCUGCCCAACGGGAACUGGCUCUACCAGAUGCACUCCUAUCUGGAGCUCACACCAAAACCCGGAGAGAAAAUCAGCUGCAUGGUGGAGCAUGCCAGCCUCAUGGAGCCCAAGCUUUACCACUGGGAGCCAAAGCUCGACUUCAAGAUGAAUGAGAUUGCUGUGGGCUCCGCCGGGCUGAUACUGGGUCUGUUGUUCUCAGUUAGUGGGUUUAUCUACUACAAGAAGAAAACAAUUGAGCGAGUGGCGGUGCCAACAACAGAGACUUUGUCCAUGCUCAUUCGACUGAGGCAAAAAGUCUAUGUACUAAGUGAACAGAACAUACGGAAGCUGGAAAUUGCCCAUGACAUUACUUAUACCGUGGGCUGCUUUGACAACAGCUCAACCGAGGUGCAGUUAGAGUUCGACUCUGAGGAACUGUUUCAUGUGGAUUUUAAAAAAGGAGAGGUGGAAUACACCGGACCUGCCUUCCUUGAGGUUGACCUGAAAGAGUUAUUCAAGAAUCUCAAUGUAUAUAAUAAUGCCCUGAAAAACAAGAAAGCGUGCUCAGCAGUUCUGGCAUACUGCACAUUGGACGCCAAACAUUUACCAGAGGAGAGAGACCCUCCUGAGAACAUCAUUUACACCGCAGAAGAAAUCAAGCUGGGGGUAGAAAACACCCUUAUCUGCUUUGUGAACCAUUUCUACCCACCUUUCAUCGAAGUCAGCUGGACCAAAAAUGGAGUUCCAGUAACAGAGGGGGUUUCAACCAGUCAAUAUUAUCCCAAUCAAGACCAAACGUUCCACCAGUUCUCCACCCUGAGGUUCACUCCAAGCGAGACGGACACCUACAGCUGCACUGUGGAACAUGUGGCCUUGGAGAGUCCUAAGACCAGAAUCUGGGAAGCUGAUUUCAGCCAUCAAAGCAGUGAAAAGGAUGUUUUCUUUGGAGUGGCUCUGUGUCUUGGCUUGUUGGGCUGUGUAGCUGGAAUAUAUUUAAUGGUCAGAGUUAGACAGAGACAUGCCUUCUAUGUUUAUGGUUUGCUUCGCUGCCAGUUCACAUCCACCCAGGACCUGCUGUAUCUGGAGCAAAUCUACUUUAACAAGGUCCUCCUGCUGCAGUUCAACAGCACUCUGGGAGAGUACAGGGGCUACACUAAGAAAGCAAAGGACGUUGCAGACGGUCUCAACAAAAGCAAAAGAUUUCGGGAGCAAGCCAUGAAGAACCGAGAGAAAUGCCGAGCCUACCAACCCCAGGCAUUUGGGCUGCUUUCAGAACCAGUUGAGCCAUCCGUGAAACUGACUUCAGUGGAGGUUCCGGGCAACAAACAUCGAAGCUUGCUCAUUUGCAGUGCUUACGACUUUUACCCCAAACCGAUCAAACUGUCAUGGUUGAGGAAUGGGAAGGAGGUAACAACUGAAGUGACAUCCACUGAGGAGCUGCCCGAUGGAAACUGGCUGUACCAGGUUCACUCCCAUCUGGAGUUCACGCCCAAUUCCAAAGAUAAAAUAACAUGUCAGGUGGAGCAUGCCAGCCUCAUGGAGCCAAAGCUUUAUAACUGGGAGCCGACGCCCAAGACGAAGUUUAAUAAGGUCAUUGUUGGGACCAUGGUGCUCGUGUUAGGCGUGGUUUUUUUUCUUGCUGGAUUGGUUUUAUACAAGAGAACCACCUCU